AGAGGACCCGUGACCUCUGACACAAGAUGGCGGCGCCCAGGGCGGUCCGUCUCGCUGCCGUCGACCCGAGGUGAACGAACCGAGGCAGUGAACCCCGCGUCAUGUCGAAGCUAAUCCGGGCCACUCGGGCGGCCAAGAAGCCCGAGGUCGGCGGCGUGAUCCGGACCAUCGUGCGAGCGGGCCAGGCCAUGCCGGGGCCCCCGCUGGGCCCGGUGCUGGGUCAGCGAGGCGUUUCCAUCAACCAGUUCUGCAAGGAGUUCAACGAGAAGACGAAGGACAUCAAAGAAGGCGUCCCUCUGCCCACCAAGAUCUUUGUGAAGCCUGACAGGACGUUUGAAAUCAAGAUAGGACAACCCACUGCGACCUACUUCCUGAAGGCAGCUGCCGGGAUCGAAAAGGGGGCCCGGCAGACAGGGAAGGAGGUGGCAGGCCUGCUGUCCUUGAAGCACGUGUACGAGAUCGCUUGUGUUAAAGCCCAGGACGACGCCUUCACCCUGCGGGACAUGCCGCUGGCCGCCGUCGUCUGCUCCCUCAUCGGCUCGGCCCGCUCCCUGGGCAUUCGCGUGGUGAAGGACCUCAGUGCGGAAGAGCUGGCCGCCUUCCAGAAGGAGCGAGCCGCAUUCCUGGCGGCUCAGAAAGAGGCCGAUUUGGCAGCUCAGGCCGAAGCUGCCAAGAAGUGACCCCUGGCCUGCACACUCCAGAAACGUGAAGAGAGCCGCUGGAAAGGCUGUGCCGAAGGGGAGAGGGGAGAUGACACCAACCUGAUCGUUAUGGCCCCGACUUUCGAUUAUGUAUUUUUACACCUGUGGGUGUAUCAGGGGAUUCAGCCUAAAUAAACGUCGUUGUCACCCA